UAAGAAAAGCUGCAGCACACUGACUGCACACAUUAAAAUGACUGAAUUAGAAAAGGAGGAAGGACACCGGCUUGCAAUAGUUUAUAGUUUAGUUUAUAACUUAUCGUCAUGCAUAACAAUGGCAAACAAUUGACAAUUUACAGAUUGAAAACCAGUGACUGGAUUAAAGCAUCUGUUGUAGGUGUUUACUUUAUAGAGCAAAGGCACAGUAAGUUAACUCUAUUGGCACUUUAGAAAGAGUUGGUCAGUUGAUCGUCAGAUUUCAUCACUAACGUAAGAAUGCAAAACGUGUAAUUUAAGCCUGUGUGAGUAGUACUGUGUUUCUUUUAAGUAUUUAAGUUAAUUUGCAAUUUAAAUCUAAAAGUGUGUCUAUCUAAUAGUUAAUAUACCGCCGCAUGUUGGAUUAGUAAUGCAAAUACAGCAGAGUUUAGUAGAGUAACAGUCAGUGGGGCUUGUUUACACCUCUGUAAGGACCUGACACCCCUCGGGUAUUUCAUAUACAACACUUACACUCGUGUUAAAAAAAAUGCCACGUUAUAUGAUGCUCUGAAAUGCUGGGAGACGCAAUUGUGUGUUAUAAAGUGUCCGCAUGUACCACACGGUGACAAUUAAGUUACGUUACCGGUGACUAAACUGGCCGCUUCAAACACUGACGUGUCCUUGGGCGUGCGUUCAGCGCCAGAACUGCAGACACUUUUGCCGUGGAGCCUCCCAGUCCCAACAUCAUUGAAGGGGAGUCAGCCGUCAAACUUUUGAGUUUCAGACAAAAACAUGUCGAGAAACAGUCGAAGGUCCAAGGCUCUGCACACAGCGAAUGACGGAGGCGCGCUGGCCGCGUGUCAUUCGAUGAAAGCCGCGCGGGUGCGCGUGCUGCUGCUGUGUCUGUGCGGGGUGCUAUCGCUGUCCUUGUUUCUCGGGCUGUACCUGUCUGCAGAGCCCGGUACUCCGCAGCAUCAUGUUGGACAUCUCUUUAAAGACAGGCUUUCUCAUAAGCCGAGUAAGUACAGUGUGGCACAAGUCAAGAAGUUUGCAGCUCAGGUGAAUGGACAACGGCUUUGGGAAACGUAUCUGCGCCCCCUGCUUAUUCAGAGAGUUCCUGGAACCGCAGGCAGUCAGAUCAUACAGCAGCAUAUCCGGUCCCAGCUGACUUCACUUUCUGCGGGAUGGACAGUAGAGAAGAAUUCUUUUGUUUCACCCACACCAAAGGGUGAUGUGACUUUUACCAAUGUGCUGGCAGUGCUGGACCCCUCAGCUCCUCGCAGGCUGCUUCUAGCAUGCCAUCACGACUCAAAAAUCUUACCUUCAGAUCCUAGAAACCCUGAGCGGGUGUUUGUGGGUGCAAGUGAUUCAGCCGUACCCUGCGCUAUAAUCCUGGAGCUGGCAGCUGCUUUGGACACACAACUUAAAGCCCUCAAAGAGCAGCGGUCUGCUGUGACAUUGCAGCUAGUGUUUUUUGAUGGAGAAGAGGCGUUUGAGGAAUGGACAGACAAAGACUCUCUUUAUGGUUCUCGUCACCUAGCUGAACUCAUGGACCGAACACCCCAUCCUCCUGGAUCCAAAGAAACCACUCUUAUUCAGGCAGUGGAUCUGUUAGUCUUAUUGGACCUGCUCGGUGCGGCGGAUCCAUUGAUUGUCAGUCACUUUGAUAACACGGCUAGAUGGUUUGACCGACUGAUCGCUGCAGAGAAGAGACUCCACAAGCAGGGCUUGCUGACAUCUCACCCAAUAGAACAAAGUUACUUCAGGAAAGACUUUUAUCUUGGUCCAGUGCAGGAUGACCACAUCCCAUUUCUAAACAGGGGUGUACCUGUGCUCCAUGUGAUCCCUACACCAUUUCCUCAGUUCUGGCACACACUGGACGACACGGAGGAGAAGAUGCACAGACCCACGGUGGAAAAUCUUACCAGAAUCCUGGCUAUAUUCGUAGCUGAGUACCUGAGCCUCUAAACGCAUUUUCAUCCUACAGCUGACAUUUACUCGCAUAUCCAUGACUCCCAUGGGUCAUGUGAUCAUGUGUGUCAUGGAGGAGUUGAUAAUAAUGAGCCAUAAAUCAAAAUGACCAAGAA